AUGGUCAUUGCUAGUGUCAGUAUCAUUUUGACAAUGCUAGGGAGUUUCGGUAAGAGGAGGAACAAGAGUCACACUCUGUGUGUGAGAUGUGGUCGUCGUAGCUUUCACAUCCAGAAGAGUCGCUGCUCCGCCUGCGCUUACCCUGCCGCUCGCAAGAGGACCUACAACUGGAGUGUGAAGGCGAUCAGGAGGAAGACAACUGGUACCGGUAGGAUGAGAUAUCUCAAAAAUGUUCCUCGCCGGUUCAAGACUGGUUUCAGAGAAGGUACUGAAGCGAAGCCUAGGAACAAGUCCGCAGCAGCUUCAUCAGCCUAA